AUGUUUUCAUUCACAGUCCGUCCAAUUCAGAGUAGUGCUCGCUCCGUCCAAGUUGGACCUGGCCUCACGGGCUUAACCCAGCGAUUUGCAUCACCGAGAAUUCUCAAUCUCAGAUACUCAUCGCACAACAAACCCCAUGAUGCCACUCUUCUCGUCGUAGAACAACGUUUGAGACGUCCGGUCUCGCCUCAUCUCUCCAUUUACCGCCCCCAGAUCACCUGGGUUCCCAGCAUGCUUACACGGCUUACCGGCAUUGCUCUUUCUGGUGGAUUAUACCUCUACUCAACGGCCUAUCUUCUGUCCCCAAUGACCGGAUGGGAUAUUGGAUCCGAGUCUCUGGUUGCUGCAUUUAGUAGCCUUCCGCCAUUGGCUCAGAUUGCUGUGAAGUUUGGUAUUGCGCUUCCAUUCGUCUUCCACAGCUUUAAUGGCGUACGUAUUCUGGUUUGGGAUACUGGUCGACUGUUUACGAAUAGGCAGGUAAAUUGGGGAGGUUGGAUGGUUGUUGGUACUUCGGGGGUUUUUGCUCUGCUCCUGGCACUCUGGAAAUCGGAUGAUGAUGCAUGA